AUGUUUCACGUUGUUUCUUACAAAUUCCCGUUUCCUGUGGACCAGCUCAACACUACCGGUUAUUUAACACUGCCUAGCUGGGAUACGAUAGCUGAUAAAGACAGCCCUGGACCUGACGUGCUGAAAACAGCUAUCAUCCCCGAGCAAGGCAACGAGUUUCCGCCGGCCAAAAUCUACCUUCACACCAAUUAUCCUGACCACUGGCCGUUUGCUGGCUGCUAUAUGAUCACCAAUUAUUCCGUGAUCGAGAUUGUCUACACUCGUCAACGGUUCACCCUCAACGGGCGCCGCAUUGAGAAUAUCUUUCACGAAGCCGAUUUCGUCAAGUACAACGUGGUGUACCGAUAUGGCGGCAUGGCCAGCGAUUUGGAUGUAUUUUAUCUUCCACAAAUCCGUUCUUUGGUGAAAGAAUGGAGAGAUGGUAAAUACGACUGCCUACUAUCCCGCGAGGACCGCAUAAUGAACAGUGGAUUCUUCGCAUGCCGAAAAGGACAUCCCUACAUCCGGGACGUACUGAAGCGCUAUCGCUACGAUUAUCAAACCGCUUGGCUGCACAAUAGCGGCAGUGUCCCUUUAGAAAUUUACAGCAAGAAUGAACUGUAUCACAAAACUCUGUACGUAGAUACCCAAAUGUCCAAUCACUCCAAAUACUACACUGGACCUGUGCCGUACAAGAACAUCCCCGCGUGGCACUACUACGACCACGGUUGCGAAGGCACAGAGAGCAGUACAAGAAAUAAAGCUGUGAAUUCUUCCUUCUGGGAGAUGCUGCAUUUCAUACAAGCCGAAGCCUGGCAAGUUUUUCGAUUUGCAACGAGCCCCUCGACAAGGACAACGAGGAUGCUGGCCACGAACCCGGUUGGAACGAGCACGUCUUACAGUAAACCUACUUCGGAGCCUACUGCAACAACCCUUGGACUAACGACAAUGACGACAACUAUAGCAGCAAAAUCAAAUUAAAAAU